AUGAUGGCUUCACCAAGUUUUAUGACGCAGUAUCACAAUCAUCAGUGGAACAACGGUACAACGCAAAGUCAGCUGUCAGCAUUGAAUAUCCUGCCAUAUCAGUAUCCACCACAGCCACCGUCGGUGAGUAGUCUCGGGUCGGUGGCGUCCGUGGGCUCGGCAGGACUAUCGCCAACCCAGUCUAUCGCUUCGUCCAGCGGAGCCGCAAGCAACAGCAGUAGUUUCAGUACCGUCGGUGGCCCCGGGAACCACGGGUCGGCCGUCGCCCUCGGAACCGCUGGAUGUGGUCCCGUUGGUGGUGGAGGAGGAGGCUCAAACACUGCCAGUCCGGACGUAACGGCGGCCGCAGCAGCUGCAGCAGCCGCCUCCAGUGCGGCCGCUUCCUACGGGUUCGGUAUGGUGCAGCAGUCCAGUGCGCUUGAGAUGACCGCAAGACCUCAAGCGAUGCAUUAUCCGUCGUAUGCGUCGUACAGCCCUGCCAGCUAUUACAAUAACGUCAGCAUGGCGACCAGUCCGUGGUUUGCGCAGGAAACGAUGUACGGUACGGCGGCCGGCUGGCACGGUGCGGACGCGUACGGGCUGAAGCUGGAGGAGUACUCGCAUCAGACGCAGGCACAGCGUCGUUGCGCUCGCUGUACCUGCCCGAACUGCAUCAACGAGCUGUCCGGGCUGCCACCAGUAGUCGGUCCGGACGAGAAGGGAAAACGGCAGCACAUCUGCCACAUACCGGGGUGCGAGAAGAUCUACGGCAAAACGAGCCAUCUGAAGGCGCACCUACGCUGGCACACCGGCGAACGGCCGUUCCAGUGCAAGUGGCUGUUCUGCGGCAAACGUUUCACGCGUUCGGAUGAGCUACAGCGACACUUCCGUACGCACACGGGCGAAAAACGCUUCACCUGUACGAUCUGCAGCAAGAAGUUUAUGCGCAGUGACCAUCUCGCCAAGCACGUCAAGACGCACGAAAACAAAGCGAAGAAGAUAGCGAAACGCUCGGAAAAGCUGGAAGAGGCGAAACUGCGCCGGGAGGAAACGAAAAUGAAGGGACUCGAACCGUCAACACCGGUAGUGUCGAGGAAGCUUCCGGCCAGUUCUUCUCUGAACAAACUGACGUCAUCCAAGCGGCUGAAAAUGUCCGGUAGGGAGGAUUCUCGACGGGAGGAAGACACAUCAGCAGACAGCAGCCUCGAGCAGCAAACGCAGCAGCAGCCGCAACAUCACCAUCACAGCAGCCAGUCGUCCACCAUGCUAGAGGACAUAAACGCCAAUAUACGCGUACCUGAGAUCAAGUCGGAGUAUGGUGCUGGUGCGUUGAACGUCCUAACGCCACCGCCAACGGGCAAUUCGCCAACCUCAGCGACGGCAGCGGCGGCCGCCGCAGCAGCCGCUGCUGCAGCAGCUGCUGCCGCCUACCAGAACUACCACCACCACCAUCAUCACGUCGCGGCCCAUCACCAUGCGUCGUACUUCCAGAGUCCCUUCUUCCAGGCGAGUGCCGACGUUGGGUCGGGUGGAUCGACCGGGAAAAGUCAUUUCCCUAGCUACUGUGACGUCGGCAGCGGUAACUUCGGUGGCCAUGGCAGUCAUGGAGGGAACAACCUGCGGCUAGCGGGCGUAAGUAAUGCCACCCUAUCUAGUAUGUCUUCUACCUCGCUGAGCUGUGAGAAAUCAUCCGCUACCCAUCGUACCGCGGGAAGUAAUGCGGGCAAUAGUAGCAGUAGUAGCAGCAACACCGCCACUAAUAAUAGCAGUAGUACCACAAACACCAGCAGUAGCAGCAGCAGCAGCAGUGCCAUCGCCGAACUCAGCAACAGUCUGGUGAAGCUUGAAGAAUACGCCAACGGCCAUGGGCUCGGUGGUAGCCGUGUCGAAGGUGGCUCCACAACCGGGCCUUCUACAGCCGCGCCCGCGGUAGCGGGGAGUGGCAGUAGUGGCAACAACAGCUCCAGCAACACCAACACCCUCAACAACCACGUACUACCUCACGGUGCCCAGCUGUACCACUCGUUGGCCAGCGAACCGUCAUCCCACCAUCCGUACCAUCCGUAUGCGGCCAUGAAAGCUGGCGGUGGUAUGCCAACCGCCUCCUAUGGAAGCAUCUCGCCCUACGAGCAGGAACAGUCCGCAACGGGUCAGCACCAUGCACAUCCAUCCGCGGGCGUAACCAACUCAGCGUCGUCCCAUCUCGCCUCCACCUACAACAUGAUGAUGAGCAACUAUUCACUGCAUCAGCAUCACCAACAUCAGCAGCAGCAGCAACAGCAGCAGCAUCACCAUCAUCACCACCAUCACCAGCCGCAGCAGCAGCAACACCAGCAGCAACAGCUUCUCAAUCAACAGCAUCACCACCAACAUCAGCAGCAACUUCAACAUCAACUUCAGCUCAACCUUACAGCGCAGCAACCGAACACCGGAGCGGCGGCGACCAACGCGAACGCACUGUUCAAAUAA